AUGGUCGCAACAGGUUUACCAGAAGGUUGGGAAAUUCGCAAAUCUAAAACCCACAAUCGCCACUACUAUUUCAAUCCAUCAACCAAGCAGUCUGUAUGGGAUCCUCCUGAAGGUACCAACACUGACCAGCUCAAGGAAUACUUUCUGGCCCUUAAAGAAGAACCAACCCAAGUCAGGGCUGCUCACUUGCUUGUAAAACAUAACCAAUCCAGAAACCCAAGUUCUUGGAAAAAUGAUAACAUCACCAUCUCAAAGCAAGAAGCAAUCGACAUCUUAAAAGGCUACGAACAAAGAAUAAAAUCGGGGGAAGUUACUCUCACUGACUUGGCCCAAACCGAGUCGGACUGCUCUUCUCAUAAAAGAGGUGGUGAUUUAGGAUUCUUUACCAAGGGCCAAAUGCAACCACCUUUUGAAAAGGCGGCAUUCGGUUUGAAAGUUGGGGAAAUGAGCGGAAUAGUUGAAACUAAUAGUGGUGUGCAUUUAGUGCAAAGACUUGGUUAA